AUGGCUCGUACCAAGCAAACUGCUCGUAAGUCAACCGGUGGAAAAGCUCCUAGGAAGCAGCUUGCAACCAAGGCUGCUCGUAAGUCUGUACCAACCGCCGGUGGGAUCAAGAAGCCGCAUCGUUACCGUCAUGGAACCGUUGCUCUUCGUGAGAUUAGGAAGUACCAGAAGAGUACUGAUCUGCUAAUCAGGAAACUCCCUUUCCAGAGGUUGGUUCGUGAAAUUGCUCAGGACUUCAAGACUGACCUGCGUUUCCAGAGUCAUGCUAUCUUUGCAUUGCAAGAAGCUGCCGAGGCAUACCUCGUUGGACUCUUUGAGGACACCAACCUGUGCGCCAUCCAUGCUAAGCGUGUCACUAUCAUGCCUAAGGAUAUCCAGUUAGCAAGGAGGAUUCGUGGUGAGCAUGCUUGA